AUGACAUUAUAUCAUUUUGGAAAUUGUUUAGCUUUAGUUUAUGUUCCAUAUUACCUCAUCUAUAAAUAUUCAGGCUUAUUAUCUUUGCAGGAAUUUUUAAAGUCUUCGAUAGACGUAGCUGAUUUGGUAGGAAUAUUGAUAGCAUUAAAUAGUAUACCUGGUAGAGGACAUGCAAAAGUUUUAACUGCUGGGGUUGGAUGGGCAGGAGCUGAAUUAUUACUCACCAGAUUUCUCCUAUUGUGGGUAGGAGCAAGAGGUGCAGAAUUUGAUUGGAAGUACCUUCAAAAGAGUCUUGAAUCUAACAUUAAUUUAGUACAACAUAUAACCACAGCAACACUUGUAUGGUUAUGGUCAAGGCAUGAUUUAGAACGAAGUUUAGUUCCUGUAGUGAUUGGUAUGCUUAUACUUACAAUCUACAGGCCACUUAUUUUGGAUUUUCUUGUACUACUUUCUUUAACUGGACCAUGGUCAACUCUUAUUGUUAAAGCUAUUACUACUUUUGUUGUGGGUAUUACAACAUUAUAUAUAUAUGCUGGUCUUGCUCAUUCUAUUGGUAUCUUUUGA